UUAGAGAAGCAUGAUAAUGUUCAUAGAAUCAAGUGGAACUACUGGUCGAAGAACAUUCUCAUCAUUCACAAAAUGAACACUCCCUCCGUCGUCACUGGACUCAAAGCCGUCGUUUACUUCCUCCUUAAGUACUUCAACGCGUUUAUAUUUUUGGAAAAGCCCAGCAUUGAUGCUCUUCGAGCCGACGAGGAAUUUCGGCCAAUUCUUGAUGCACACAUUCGUUAUGAAAGACCUCCAUCCUCCGGUGAUCGCAAAGGAUCUAUGACAGCUGUAGAGCGAUUUGAUCUGCCUCCUGAAAUAGCUGAUGCUGGCAAAAAUCCUGACCAGUUCUGGCAGACUGACAGACAAAUGGUUAAUUUUGAGAGCGCGAUUGUAGUGUUUGACAGUCAAAUGGUCAAUGAACCCAAUCUUACGGACAUGGUCAUUUGUAUGGGUGGUGAUGGUACCCUUCUUCAUGUGGCAUCCCUUUUUCAGGAUACGGUUCCGCCCAUCAUUUCUUUCUACAUGGGUAGUCUGGGCUUUCUCACACCCUUCAAUUUCGCUGACUUCCCUCAUGUUCUCAAACAAAUUUACACUGGUAUGAGUAAUGUCAAAUCUAUCUUUGAAUUAUUGGGUAAAUUUCUUUUGCUUAAACUAACCUGUCUUCUUCAUUUGCAAUUACGUUCAGAGGGUGGUCCCUGCAUUCUUCGCUCUCGACUCUGUUGUCAGAUGAUACGUGGUGAGAAUUCGGAAACGUGCCCUCAUACAUCUAUAGAACUGGACUCUGUCAAAAACCAAACGGGGGCGGAUUUUUUUCACAUAUUGAACGAAGCCACCUUCACUCGUGGAAACUGCCCUUACCUCACGGUCUUGGUUCUCAGUGUUGACGGCAAAGAGGUCACUCGAUUCUGCGGUGAUGGCUUAAUAAUCUCCACACCAACGGGGAGUACAGCGUACUCUAUGUCAGCAGGGGCAUCGAUACUGAAUCCUGGAGUGCCGGCCAUUCUUGUGACACCUAUCAACGCACACUCUCUGAGCUGCCGUCCGCUGGUUCUCCCCUUUUCUACUCGUCUUGAGGUUUUUAUUGCCCCCGACGCGCGUUGCGAAUCCGUUCACCUCUCUAACGAUGGGCGCCUCCGACACCAUCAUAUCGUUCACAAAGCUGAUCGCGUUGUAUUCACUGCCUCUCACUUCCCUGUUCCAUGCUUUGGUAGUGAAAACCAGGUGGCCGAUUGGUUCAAGGAUCUGGCUCACUGUCUGCACUGGAACGCACGACAUCGGCAGAACGAGUUCAACGAGGCCAAUUUCUUGCCUGAGCGUUUUCACGAGUUCUGCUGA